AAACUAUGAGCCUGCCCCUUGCCAUAUAAGUGCGCUGUUACCCAAUCAUCUCCCGGGAUAUGACAGCGAGCAGAGCUCUGCGCAAGUCUAAAGACAAAUCUAGGCCUGAAGCCUAUUUCUUCAGCAUCUUACUAACCAAUUAUCAUCAACCUAAACGCCCUUUGAAAGCUACAUAUAUAUAGAGGUGCAAACCAUCUUCAGCAUCCAUUUCUUCUCUGAACAGAUCAGAUCACCAACACCAGAGUAUCCACAAUGUCUUCCUAUCGGUUAAGCUCUGCAGCAUCCUAUCAAGCCUCAAGCUCAGCUGGAGGCUUUGGUGGUGGCAGCUAUGGUGGAGGCUUCGGUGGUGGAUCUGGUGCCUCUUUCUCUUUGAGCUCUGCUGCUGGAUCCAGUGGUGGCUUCGGUGCUGGUGGUGGCUUCGGUUCUGGUGGUGGCUUCGGUGCUGGUGGUGGCUUCGGUGCUGGUGGUGGCUUCAGCUCCAGUGGCUUUGGUGGUGCAGCAUCAAGCAGCUUUGGUUCUGGUGGUGGAAGCGAUAAGCAGACAAUGCAAAACCUCAAUGACCGUCUGGCUUCUUACUUGGAUAAAGUGAGAGCACUCGAGGCUGCCAAUUCCGAGCUGGAACUGAAGAUUCGAGAGUGGUAUGAGAAACAACUUAGUGCUGGAGCAGGUGCAACUUCUAAAGACUACAGCAAAUACUUUGACAUUAUCAAUGACCUGAGGAGCAAGAUCUUGGCUGCCACAGUUGAAAAUUCCCGUGUUGUUCUACAGAUUGACAAUGCCAGGCUGGCUUCUGAUGACUUUAGACUGAAGUAUGAGAAUGAGCUGGCUCUCCGUCAGAGUGUGGAGGCUGACAUCAAUGGACUCCGUAGAGUCUUGGAUGAGUUGACCAUGGCCAGAGGAGACCUGGAGAUCCAGUUUGAGAGCCUGAGCGAAGAGUUGGCCUACCUGAAGAAGAACCAUGAAGAGGAGAUAAGCAUUGCAAAGAGCAGUUCUGCCGGUCAAGUCAAUGUAGAAAUGGAUGCUGCUCCAGGUGUGGAUCUCACUAAGCUUCUGAAUGACAUGAGAGAAGACUAUGAAGUAUUGGCCGAAAAGAAUCGGAAGGAUGCAGAGGCAUGGUUCAACCAGAAGAGCAAGGAACUGAAUCAACAGAUCUCCGUUGGCGUGCAACAAGUAGAAACAAGCAAAACUGAAAUCUCAGAUCUUAGACGAUCCCUUCAAGCCUUGGAGAUUGAGCUUCAAUCACAACUUGCACUGAAAAAAUCCCUUGAAGACACCUUGGCUGAAACAGAUGGCCGCUAUGGAGCUCAAUUGCAGCAGCUCCAGUUUGCCAUUAAUGGAAUUGAGGAGCAGCUGCUACAAAUUAAAUCGGACAUAGAUAGACAGAGCCAAGAGUACCGGGAGCUUCUCGAUAUCAAGACCAGGCUGGAAGCAGAAAUCGAAGAAUACCGCCGCCUGCUGGAAGGAGAACUGGGAGGUUUUUCAAGCUCACAAACAAGCGUUAGCAAAACGUCCACCGUAUCAUCAUCAACCGGGAAAACAGAAUCAAUAGAGUCCAAGAAAGACCCAAGCAAGAGCAGAAAGGUGAAGACCAUCAUAGAAGAAGUGGUGGAUGGAAAAGUGGUGUCAUCUUCCAUUAAUGAAGUCGAAGAGAAGAUGAGUUAAGAAGACCGGCCAAGAUCGCGGUCUGGACAUGGAGUCUGGUGGCGUACUGCAGUAUAAUGCUCAAUGAUAUGAAAAUGAAUGGAAUUGGGAGCUUUCUGUGAUUCAAUAAACCUUUCUGCAUAGUAAAUCCAAUUUUUUAGUUUUUCAU